AUGGUAUAUAUAAUUAAAAGAAGAAAUAGUAUGGAUGGCUGCAUUGACUGGUCAGUGGAUCUCAAGACAUACAUGGCUUUGGCAGGUGAACCAGUCCGAGUGAAAUGUGCCCUUUUCUACAGUUACAUUCGUACCAACUAUAGCAUGGCCCAGAGCACUGGGCUCAGGCUGAUGUGGUACAAAAACAAAGGUGAUUUGGAAGAGCCCAUCAUCUUUUCAGAGGUCAGGAUGAGCAAAGAGGAAGAUUCAAUAUGGUUUCACUCAGCUGAGGCGCAAGACAGUGGAUUCUACACUUGUGUUUUAAGAAACUCGACAUAUUGCAUGAAGGUGUCAAUGUCCUUGACUGUUGCAGAGAAUGAAUCAGGUCUGUGCUACAAUAGCAGGAUCCGCUAUUUGGAAAAAUCUGAAGUCACUAAAAGAAAGGAGAUAUCCUGCCCAGACAUGGAUGACUUUAAAAAGUCCGAUCAGGAGCCUGAUGUUGUGUGGUACAAGGAAUGCAAGCCAAAAAUGUGGAGAAGCAUCAUAAUACAGAAAGGAAAUGCCCUUCUAAUCCAGGAAGUUCAAGAAGAAGAUGGGGGAAAUUACACUUGUGAGCUUAAGUAUGAAGGAAAACUUGUAAGAAGAACAACUGAAUUGAAAGUUACAGCUUUACUCACAGACAAACCUCCCAAGCCAUUGUUCCCCAUGGAGAAUCAGCCAAGCGUUAUAGAUGUCCAGCUGGGUAAGCCUCUGAACAUCCCUUGCAAAGCAUUCUUUGGAUUCAGUGGAGAGUCCGGACCAAUGAUCUACUGGAUGAAAGGGGAGAAGUUUAUUGAGGAACUGGCAGGUCACAUUAGAGAAGGUGAAAUAAGGCUCCUCAAAGAGCAUCUCGGAGAAAAAGAAGUUGAGUUGGCACUCAUCUUUGAUUCAGUGGUGGAGGCUGACCUGGCAAAUUAUACCUGCCAUGUGGAAAACCGAAAUGGACGAAAACAUGCAAGUGUUCUGCUGCGUAAAAAGGAUUUAAUCUACAAAAUUGAACUUGCAGGAGGCCUGGGAGCAAUCUUUCUCCUCCUUGUACUGCUCGUGGUCAUCUACAAAUGCUACAAUAUUGAAUUGAUGCUCUUCUACCGACAGCAUUUUGGAGGUGAUGAAACUGCAGAUGACAACAAGGAAUAUGAUGCCUAUCUCUCUUACACAAAAGUGGACCAAGAUACUUUGGAAUGUGACAACCCUGAAGAAGAGCAGUUUGCUCUUGAAAUACUGCCAGAUGUGCUAGAAAAACACUAUGGAUAUAAACUCUUCAUCCCAGAAAGGGACCUAAUUCCAAGUGGAACCUACAUUGAAGAUCUCACAAGAUGUGUUGAGCAAAGCAGAAGACUUAUUAUCGUGCUAACUCCAGACUAUAUUCUCAGACGAGGAUGGAGUGUUUUCGAAUUGGAAAGCAGACUCCAUAACAUGCUAGUCAGUGGAGAAAUCAAAGUGAUUUUGAUUGAAUGUACAGAAUUAAAGGGGAAGGUGAAUUGCCAGGAAGUGGAAUCACUAAAGCGCAGCAUCAAACUUCUGUCCUUGAUCAAGUGGAAGGGACCCAAGAGCAGCAAAUUAAAUUCUAAGUUUUGGAAGCACUUAGUAUAUGAAAUGCCCAUCAGGAAAAAAGAAAUGCUUUCUCGGUGUCAUGUUCUGGACUCUGCAGAACAAGGACUUUUUGGAGAACUCCAGCCUAUACCAUCUAUUGCCAUGACCAGUACCUCGGCCUCUCUGGUGUCAUCUCAAGCUGAUCUCCCAGAUUUCCACCAUUCAGAUUCGAUGCAAAUGAGGCACUGUUGCAGAGGUUAUAAACACGAGAUGCCAACCACCACCUUGCCAGUACCUUCCUUAGGCAACCACCACACUUAUUGUAACCUGCCUCUGACACUACUCAAUGGACAGCUACCCCUUAAUAAUGCCCUGAAAGAUACCCAGGAAUUUCAUAGGAACAGUUCCCUGCUACCUUUAUCAUCCAAAGAGCUUAGCUUCACCAGUGAUAUUUGGUAG